AUGUCACAGUUCUUCGCAGGUCUUUCUAGUUCAGGAUCGUGGUCUUGCUUCGAUGAAUUCAACCGUAUUAACAUCGAAGUUCUUUCUGUUAUUGCACAACAAGUCAGAACAAUUCAAAAUGCAAUUGCUGAAAAUGCACAAACAUUUCAAUUGGAUAAAAGAUCGUUGAAAUUGAAUCCUAAUGCAGCAAUUUGCAUCACAAUGAACCCUGGUUACGCAGGAAGAACUGAGCUACCAGAUAACUUGAAAGCAUUGUUCAGACCAUGCGCAAUGAUGGUCCCUGAUUUCAUUUUCAUUUCAGAAAUUUUGCUUUUCUCCGGCGGUUUUACAACCGCUUCUUCAUUGGCUGUCAAAUUAGUUGCAUUGUUUGAUUUGUGCAGGAAACAGUUAUCAAACAGCCACCACUACGAUUGGGGCUUGAGAGCCAUGAAAGCCAUUCUUUCAACAGCAGGAAAAGCAAAGAGAAAUGACUUGGAAGCAAACGAAUCAUUACUUUUAGUCAGAACAAUAAGAGAUUGCACACUUCCGAAAUUGAUUUCUGAUGAUAUUCCUUUAUUCAAUGGCAUAUUAAGUGAUGUAUUCCCGAAUGUUGAAUACAACAAACCAUCGAAUGAUGACUUCUUGAAUUCCUUGAAGGAGUCAAUCAAACAAAUCCAAGAACAGCCAUUGGAUAUAACUAUCGCAAAAGCUACUGAGUUAUACGAAACAACAUUGGUCAGACACGGAAUUAUGUUGGUCGGUGGCGCGAUGGGCGGAAAAUCAACAGCAUGGAAAUCUCUUUCUUUAGCUUUGACUGAUCUUUCAAAGACAAACAACAGUUUGUACAAGCCAAUACAAGUGGAAUCCCUCAAUCCAAAGGCAAUCUCUAUUGCAGAACUCUACGGUUCCUUCAAUCCUGUAACAAGUGAAUGGGCUGACGGCGUUUUGUCAAAAAUCAUCAGAGAAAUGUCAUUUUCUGAACAAACCGUUGGCAAAUGGAUUAUCGUUGAUGGUCCUGUCGAUUCCUUGUGGAUUGAGUCAAUGAACUCAUUGUUGGAUGAUAACAAAGUCCUUUGCCUUCCGAAUAACGAGCGUAUCCAGUUAUCGCCACAUGUCAAAAUGAUGUUCGAAGUUGACAAUUUGGAUGAAGCAUCUCCUGCAACUGUUUCUCGUUGCGGAAUGGUCUAUUUCGAUCCAAGUGUUUUGAGUUGGACAGCAUUGGCUGAUUCAUGGAGAGACUCACUACUCGAAAAACAAGCAACAGUUGCUAAUUACGUGAGAGAACUCAUGAAUUCAUGGUUACCAAAUUGUCUACAAUUCAUUACAAAUGAUGCUCUCAAAAAUUAG